GACCAUCCUCCUGAGCGUGAUCUCGCUGCUGAAUGAACCCAACACGUUUUCUCCAGCGAACGUGGAUGCCUCCGUGAUGUACCGCAAGUGGAAGGAGAGCAAAGGGAAGGACCGCGAGUACACGGACAUCAUCAGGAAGCAAGUCUUGGGCACGAAGGUGGAUGCUGAGCGGGACGGCGUGAAGGUCCCCACCACGCUGGCAGAGUACUGUGUGAAGACCAAGACUCCAGCCCCAGAUGAGGGCUCAGACCUCUUCUAUGAUGACUAUUACGAGGAUGAUGAGAUGGAGGAGGAAGGAGACAGCUGUUACGGUGAUGAGGAUGACUCUGGCAAUGAGGAAUCUUGA